AUGGACGUGCCAACGCAUCCAGUCACCCAUGGCCUCGCGGAGGAUGACGAGCUCUCCGACGAGCAGAUCGAGAUGCUGCUGAAGCAGGCUGAGGUCAGAGCGCGUGAGAAGGACACGUCGGGCGCCCUGGCGCAGAUUCCCUCCGCCCUCGACAUCAAGCUGCCCCGACUCAAUACCCCCGGCCUCCCUGCUCCCUACGUCCAGAUGAACGGCGAGGUUGCCCGCGUGGAUCCGUCCCGCUUGCUCGAUGACCAGCAGCGUGCAUUGGCAAACCACAUCCGGAAGGUCGAGGAUCCUGUCGCUGUCAAGAAGAGGAAAAUAGAGGAGAAGAAGGCUACUGCAGGAGAGCGGUGGUUCAACUUGCCCAAGACGGAGCUUACUCCAGAGCUGAAGAGAGACCUCCAGCUGUUGAAGAUGCGCAACGUGCUUGAUCCCCACCGUCAUUACAAGAAGGAGAACAGCAAAGACUUCGUUCCGGAGUAUUCGCAGGUCGGUACCAUCGUCGAGGGCCCCACUGAAUACUUCAGCGCUCGUCUGCAGAAGAAGGAUCGCAAGAAGACUUUUGUCGAAGAGGUACUCGAGCAGGAGAAGAGCUCGGGCAGGUUCGAGAGAAAAUACGGCGAGAUCCAGACCAAGAAGACGAGCGGCAAAAAGGCUCACUACAAGGCCGUGAAGGCCAUGAGGAAGUCUGGCAAAAUCUCCAAGGGUUGA